GUAGGGGAGUUCCAUGCACAGAACAGGGGUGGGCUUUGCCUUCAUUUAAAUAAGAUACUUCAUCAUCUAGUGUAACACUUGCAGGAACAUUCUGAAAGCUCUGAUGUUUGAUUGAAUGGGAAUUUCUCCAUGUACUUAACCCUUCGAUAAUUACAUUGUGGUGCUCUCAAAAUGAGAUUCCUUUUUGGCUUAUUUCUGAUGGCUAGCUGGCUGGAGCUAUCAUCUAGUCAAGAUACUGUCCCGGAAUAUGCAGAUCUUGUAUUUCUGGUGGAUAAUUCAAAUAAUAUGGGAAAAAAUGUCUUCAACCAAGUGAAAACCUUUAUAUCAAGAACAGUUUCUCAAAUGCAAAUAGGUGUUAACCAAUAUCGAAUUGCUUUAGCACAUUACAAUGAUGACCUAAAUGUUGAUUUCUCUCUAUCUACCUUCAAAGCAAAAAACCCCAUAAUAAAUUAUAUUAAAAAUAAGUUUGAUUUUGGCGGAGGGUCAUUAAUGACGGGUAAUGCCCUUGGCAAAAUAAAGGAAUCCUUAUUUAAUGAAAUAAAUUUAAGAGAUAAAUCAAAGUAUCCACCAGUUCUUGUUGUGAUCACGUCUGGGCCUUCUCUAGAUGAUGUUCAAUUAUCAGCUGAUGCUUUAAAACAGGAAAGUGUCAGGAUUAUUACAAUGGGACUAAAGAAUGCCUCUAAAAAUCAGCUGGAAGCAAUGGCUACAUCACCCACGCUUGCUUUUAUGAUAAACAAUGUCCGAGAGCUAACUACAUUUUCAAAGGAUAUGGUCACCACAAUUCAAGAUGUGGUUAAAAAUAACUAUUAUUUGCCAAGCACACAAGGAACUGUAGUAUUUACUACUGCAUCCUCCCCAACAGCUGUUGUGAAUAACAUAACUGCAGUGUGUCACAAAGGUAUAGCGACAGAUCUUGUGCUAAUGGUGGACAUUUCAGAACAUACAAGCUCAGAAAGUGACGACAUGAAGAAAUUCUUAACUAACAUCCUAUCAAAUCUGGAGAUAAGUGAAUACUGUGUCCACGUGGGCCUGGUGGCAUUCAACAGCAAAGCAACAUUAAUUGGUUCCCUUAAUCAAGGGAUCAGCAAAUCUGUUGUGAUGGCUUUUAUAGCAGAAAUGAAAGUGUCACGUGAGAAGACCGCAAAUAUCGGAGGUGCAAUAAAUUAUACACGAAGUGAAGUUUUUGAUGAUACUCUGGCAAGCAGAAAGAAUCAGGGAAUACAACAACUAGCAAUCCUGGUCACUCAUAAGUCUUCUGCAGACAGUGUUAUUGAGGCUGGCCAUCUACUCCGACAGGAAAAUGUCCGACUUUUUUCUGUGGGUAUUUCCCAAGCUAAUGAAACACAGAUGAACUACAUUGUAUCUCAUCCAACCCACCUCUAUCAGAUCAGGGUAAAGACUUUUUCCGAUCUUUCAAAUAAGGCAGACAUUUUAGUAAAGAAGAUUUUGAAUGUUGUUGAUCAAGAUAUUUCCUCACCAGAACAAACAGAUCUGAUCAGACAAGGAUGUCUGAACACAGAUGUUGCUGAUAUUCAUCUUCUCAUUGAUGGUUCUGGUAGUAUUUCUUACACCGAUUUUAUAGCUAUGAAGACAUUUCUGGUGGAGCUAAUAGAUAUGUUUGACAUUGGACCUCAGAAGGUUCGAGUAGGAGCUGUACAGUACUUUCAUGGUAGUCAACUAGAGUUUGGCAUUGCUACUCAUUAUAGCAAAACUAACCUAAAACUGGCCAUUCAGAACAUCAGGCAGCAAGGUGGAGGAACCAACACAGGAGCGGCAAUAAAUUACACUCGUGAAAUAAUAUUAGAUCCCAGCAAUGUCAGGAGAGGAAAUGUGCCUGUGUAUUUUAUUGUUCUUACAGAUGGAGAAUCACAAGACAGUGUGAAGGAGGCAGCCGCAAUCCUCAGAGCAAGCAAAGUAAAUAUAUAUGCCAUUGGAGUAAAAGAAGCUAACCAGACUCAAUUGAUGGAAAUUGCUGGAGAUCCCAAAAGAGUUCAUUUUGUGUAUGACUUUGAUUCUUUGAAAGACAUAAAAAAUGUGAUAGCCCAGCAAAUCUGUUCUACCAAAGCUUGUCAAAAUGUAGAGGCUGACAUAAUGUUCCUGGUGGACAGUUCUGGAAGUAUAGGUGGGGAUAAUUUCCAAAAAAUGAAGGAGUUUAUGAAAAACCUGGUGAACAAAACAGAGGUAGGGCCAGAUAAGGUACAGUUUGGAAUUGUCCAAUUCAGUGAUGACAGCAUGGAGGUGCUACAGCUAAAUAAAAAUGGAACCAAAGCUGUUAUCUGGGAAGCUAUUGACAAAAUGGGAUACAUGGAGAAGGGUACAUACACUGGGAAAGCUUUGGAAUAUUUGUCUCCAUACUUCACAGAAAAAAAAGGUGCCAGACCCAAGGUGAAUAAAUUCCUCAUACUUAUAACAGAUGGACAAUCACAAGAUGACGUUAAACUUCAGUCUGAGUCUCUGCGGAAUAGUGGUGUGAACAUAAUCUCUGUGGGCAUUUUUAAUGCAAAUAAGACUCAACUUUUAGAAAUAAGUGGGAAGAUAGAACGAGUGCACUAUCUGGAAACGUUUGAUACACUGAAAAGUAUAGAAGAUGAAUUAGUGUUUGGAAUAUGCAAUCCUCCUGAAGAAUGUGCAAGAAUAGAAGUUGCAGACAUUGUCUUUAUUAUGGAUUCAUCAGGCAGUAUAAGUGAUGAGCAAUAUGUCACAAUGAAAAACUUUAUUAUAUCGUUUGUGGAUAAAUCUAUUGUUGGUCCAAAUAAUGUCCAGUUUGGUGCCCUUAAAUAUUCAGAUGACCCUCAUAGGUUAUUCUACCUUAAUGAACAUGACAAUAAACAGGAAAUUAUUAAGUUUAUUCAAGAUGAUCGGUCGAUAGGAGGAAACACAUACACAGCUGAGGCCUUAGAAUUUUCCAAAAGAUUUUUUACAGAAAAACAAGGCAGCCGUCAACGCAGAGGGGUUCCUCAAUAUCUGAUUGUUAUAACUGAUGGUGAAUCUCAUGAUCAGGAUCAACUUCCUGAAGUCUCAAAACACCUACAAGACGCCGGGAUUGUCAUAUAUGCCAUUGGUGUAGAUAAGGCCAAAACUAAAGAGCUAAAGACAAUGGCAGGAACCAAGGGCAAAUGGUACUUUGUUGACAACUUCGAUGGAUUAAAUGAUAUUUUUAAAAAUAUUUCAGAUGCUGCAUGUAAAAGAACAGAAUGCCAACAAGAACAGGCCGAUAUAACCUUUCUGAUUGAUGGUUCUGGGAGCAUUGUAGUUCCAGAUUUCAUAAAAAUGAAAAAAUUCAUGGUUUCUGUGAUUGAAGAUUUUGACAUUGGUCCCAACAAGGUUCAUGUAGGUGUUGCCCAAUACAGUGAUACAUUCAGAACAGAGUUUCAACUUAAAACAUUCCUGGAUAAGGAAACUUUAAAGAAAAAGGUUAAUGAUAUUGUCAAGCUCAAUGGAAACACCUAUAUUGGAAAUGCUCUCAGACUCACAGAUUCAGCCCUACUGAGUCCAGCAGCUAAUAGUCGUAUCAGUGAAGGUGUACAACAGAUAUUACUUGUGAUAACCGAUGGCAUCUCAAGUGAUUCAGUUGCACAACCGGCAGAAGCUCUCAGAAGUAAAGGUGUUUAUACCUAUGCUGUGGGCGUGGGAAAGGUGUCUGAAACGCAGCUUCUUCAGAUUGCCGGAUCUUCAAGCUCAAGAUUUUCUGUUGACAAUUUUGAUGAAUUAAAAAAUAUUAAGAAGAGAAUUGUCAGAGAUAUAUGUGAACCAAAAACAUCUAACAAUUGUUCAGUUGAUGUCGUAGUUGGUUUUGACGUUUCAUCCUAUAUCAAUUAUACCAAAUUAUUCAGUGGGCAAGACCAUCUAGAAGCCCACAUCACUGAUAUCUUAAACAGCAUGAUGAACUUGAGAAGUCCAACCUGCAACCCUGGUGUUACCCCUCAAAUCAGUGUAGCCUUUUAUGUGCCAAAUGCUAACACAUCAAUUUCUCCUCUCUUUCACACCUAUAGUCCUGAUUUAGCUCAGCGCCUUAAAGACACUAAUGUCAAUGGCCCUUCCUUUGUAAGAUCAGAUGUUCUACAGUCGAUGUGGAAUAUGUUUCAAAACUCAGUUACAGGAAGAGCAAAGAUGAUGCUAGUCUUUACUGAUGGCUUAGAUGAAAAUGUUGAAGACCUGGAACAAACAGUAGAAAAUCUACGAAAACAAGGGCUAACUGCCUUAGUAACAAUUGCCUUGGAAGGAGCAACAGGAUAUGAUGAUAUCAAACAUAUAGAAUUUGGCAGAGGCUUUGAGUACAGUUAUCAGAUGCACAUCGGGAUGCCUGAUAUUGGAGUUAGACUAGCCAGACAAGCGUCCCAUGUUAAUGAGAAGACAUGUUGUUGUGUAUUCUGUAAAUGUUUUGGACAAAGUGGAGCACCGGGAAUACAUGGACAAAGUGGAAAAAAAGGACUACCUGGACAAAAAGGACAUCCAGGACAUGCUGGGGAACAAGGAGCAGAUGGUAACAGAGGAUUGCCUGGUGCAAUGGGCGAGCAUGGUGACAAAGGAUGUGAAGGAGUCAAAGGUCCCAAGGGGUCCAGAGGGCUUCCAGGAGAUCAGAAUGGAGAUGGAGAACAAGGAAUUGAUGGAAUUCAUGGGGAAGAGGGAAAGUCUGGACCUCCAGGAAUGAAAGGAGAGAAGGGUGAAAUAGGAGAACUGGGCAAAUCUGGAUUAAAGGGAACUAAAGGACCUAAGGGAUUAAAAAGCCAGAAGGGUGACCUGGGAACUCCUGGAAAUGACAGCACUAUAACUGGACCUCCAGGUCUUAAAGGAGAACCAGGAAUGCAGGGUGAACCUGGAAUAGAAGGAGAAUCUGGAGAACCUGGCGCUAAUGGACCUGAUAGUCUUCCUGGUAGAAGAGGUGUUAUCGGCCCACAGGGGACUACAGGCGAUCCUGGUAUGCCAGGGCUUAAUGGAGAACAAGGCUUAAGGGGCCCACAGGGAGAUGAAGGAACCCCAGGAAUUAAAGGAGAAAAUGGAAGAAAUGGUCCAGUUGGCCUUCAGGGUCUGUUUGGUAUUCAAGGCAAUGAGGGACACCCAGGCAAUCCUGGACAGAAAGGGAAAAAGGGUGAGCCUGGAGAUCGUGGAGAAAAAGGGGACCUUGGGCAAAAAGGACUCAGAGGACUCGAGGGUGACAAUGGCAGAGAUAGUUAUGGAGCAUCAGGUAAACAAGGACAUAAGGGCCAACAAGGACGGCAAGGAGAUAUUGGUGUUAAGGGAGAACAAGGAAACCCUGGUAUAGAAGGAGAUCCUGGACCAAAAGGUCAAAAAGGAAACAUUAUGUUUGCAGAACAAGGAGAAAUAGGAGAUCCAGGUUCACCAGGACAACAAGGCAGGAGGGGACCGAAAGGAAUGUCAAGCCAAACUGAUCGAUCUCCAUGUGAAUUAAUUGACUACAUCAGGAAGACGUGUCCUUGUUGUCAAGGACCAACCCCUUGCCCUGUGUAUCCAACAGAAAUGGUGUUUGCAUUGGAUAUGUCAAAAGAUGUAAAACCAGAGACCUAUAACAAAAUGAUAGAAAUUGUCACAUAUAUAUUGAAUAACAUUACUAUUAGAGGAACUAACUGUCCUGUUGGGGCAAGAGUGGCUGUGAUGUCCUACAACCAAUACCCCAGGUAUCUGGUAAGGUUUUCUGAUUUCCAAAGCAAAGAAAAAUUACUCAAUGCAGUGAAGAACAUACCUCUGGAAAGUUCUACUGAUGGGCGCAAUAUUGGAAAAAGCAUGAGCUUUGUAGCCAGAAAUGUCUUCAAGAGAUCCCUGCAAGGAGCCACUGUACGAAAAAUAGCAGUGUUCUUCAGCAAUGGUCGCACUGAUGACCCCGCUUCCAUCAGCACCGCCACAAUGGAAUACAACGCUCUUGGGAUCAUACCUGCAGUCAUAACAUUCACUGCAGCACCUGCAUUAAAACGGGCUUUUUCGAUUGAUGACUCGGGGACAUUUCGGCUGGUUGAGAUUAGUGCAAAUGGGGAAUAUAAAUUACAAUUACAAACCUUAAUGAAGUGCACCCUUUGUUACGAUACAUGUAAACCGGAUGUUUUCUGUGCGGAAAGUAAUUCUGCACUGAAAAAGUCCCCUAUGGAUGUAGGUUUUCUCCUGGAUAGCUCCUAUCACAUGAAACUUGAUGAAUUUGAAGCAGCUAGAAACUUCAUUAGUACCUUGAUUGAUGGGCUUGAUAUUACUAACACUGGUGCUCGAGUGGCUGUAGUCAGUAGUGCGCCCCCUGGCUUUCGUCCAGAAAAUAAUGGGGAGCCUUACCUUGAGUUUGAUUUUUCAACAUAUAGUAGUCCAGAGCUUAUGAAGAAACACCUCAAAGAAAACACCCAUCGUCUAAGAGAUGCCCCUGCCUUUGGGCUUUCAUUGAAAUGGAUGCUUGAAAACAUCAUGUCUAAAACAUCAGACCUAAAGAACAAUAAGGCCAUUAUCAUGAUAUUAUCUGGAGAGACAAGUCACUGGGAUAAACAAACUUUAAGGGAAGCUUCUUUUCAAGCAAAGUGUCAAGGUUUUGCUCUGUUUGUACUUUUUAUCGGUAAAACAUAUAAUAAUACUGAGUUGAUCGAACUUGCAAGCAGUCCCACCGAACAUCAUCUGCUACAGCUUGGCCAAGGUUCCAAACCAAACUUUGGAUAUGCCACCAGAUUCACCCGGGCAUUUCUCAACUCUGUUAAAUUGGGGAUAAACAAAUAUCCUCCUCCAGAGCUAAAAGCAGGUUGUCCUUCUGUCAACGGUAAUAGAAAAAAAAGAUUAACAUUAUCAAAAGACAAGACAAAAACCAAGUUACUUUCUCCUAAAAUAUCAAAUGGGAAUCCCAAAAGAACUAAACUUUUGAAAGACUAAUUCCAAGGAAAUGUGCCACUGAGAAAACUUCUGACUGACAAUGCUGACUAUGCAAUGACCAAUCAUCUCGAAGGCCUUCUUCACACCCAGUGCUGACCAGUUGUCGCAUAAUCACGUCAGGCAAAACUUCGGAGACUACUGCAGCCACCAUAACAUUGCAAAAUGCUUAGCACUUCAUGAAUUCGGUUGUGUUCUAUGUUUCUUAAUCGUCAUCCAAAAUGAUACAUUAUAUUGAAGAAUGAUCCAAUCAUUACUUUAGUUUUUUUCUACUUUCCUCAUAGAUUACAAAAUCAUAUUCGUUGUCAGAUUCAUUUCUUUACACUCGUUUGUUAUGUCAAUUUCUAUUGUUUGUUUUCAGCAAAAGAUCUUUCAGAACUGAAAGUAAAUGAAAGCAUUCAUCCUGUUUGAUGGGAUUUUGUUUUGGGCACAAAUGUUUAAAUUUUCAGCUAUCUUGGCAAUAGACAUCAUUUACAAUAAGUGGGAAAACAUGACUUGCAAAACAUUCCUCUGUUUAGUCCAAUCAAACCUGCUAACAUAAAAAAACACUUAAUCUAAUGACUGAUGAUUUCAUGGUUAAAACAAUGGAUAAUAAAAUAAAUCUCAAUAGAAGAAAAAAAACAACUAUUCUAUCCACUGAAGUUUAUGGGGCAACAGAUUCAUUUAAAAAAUACUAUGUGAAACAUAGUGACUUGCCAGCUUCUCCCAUAUUUGUCAUCUGUGACAAAUACAGUAGGUGCUAUGUUUUUAAAAUAAAUAAUUAAAAAUAGACAAGAAGGAAAGUUAUAAGGUAUAUAAAUAUAUUUCAGCGAAGAUGUAGCAGAGGUCAAUUUGCUCCAGAAUGAAUUACUAAAAUAUCUCAGGACCGUGAUUAUUUGUAUUAAAGGGGUACUCCGAUGGAAAAAAAAAUUCCCCCAAAUCAGCUGGUGCCAAAAAGUCAAACAGAUUUGUAAAUCACUUCUAUUAAAAAAUCUCAAUCCUUCCAGUACUUUUCAUACACAGGAAGUUUAGUUGUUCUUUUCUGUAUGUUCUGUCCAGAGCAGGAUAGGUUUGCUAUAGGGUUUUGCUCCUACUCAGGACAAUUCCUUAUAUGGGCAGAGGUGUCAGCAGAGAGCACUGUGGUCAGACUGAAAAGAAUAGCUCAACUUUCUCUGGAGCUGAUAAAUAGUAGAAGAAUUAAGAUUUUUUUAUAGAAAUUAUUUACAAAUCUGUCUUACAAAUAUGAAAAAGAUUGUUUUCCACUGCAGUACCCAUUAAAUGACCAACUGUUACAUCUGAACAUGCUUUUCCAUCAGUAAAUUUUUUAAAUGUAUAUUUUAAACACUUGACAAUGAGUUAUGUGUCCUUAGCUGCAUAGUAGAACUUAAUGACUAGAUAUUGCUUUACAUUUACCGAAAUUGCACUAGGCUCAGCAAAGCCAAUAUUUAAUUGGUUAUUUUUAAAGCUUUAGGCAUUUUGAUAUUACAGUUACUAGUCGAUUGUAAUAUAAGAUUGAGAAUAGCCCUAUAAGAAAGUUACAGUUCAUUUUAUUUAUCAGAGCUUAUUAGAGUCAUUACUGUGGUGACUUCACUAGAUUAUUUAUAUCGGUUAGACUAAUUUUUCUUUUAUAAAUGAAACCUUAAAAAAUGCCCAUAUGUUCAAAAUUUACUUGUUUAUAAAGUCACUAAUGAAUUGUUGGGAUUGUGGGAAAUGUCAGAUUGUGUGUAGAGAUGAGUGAGUGAACUGCACUUGUAGAACUUGUUAAAAAUUCUAAUCCGGUAUAACCCAAGCUACAGACAGUUCAGUUCGGCAGAACCUGCUAAAAUAACAUCAGGAAGGACCAGAUGACCUCAGGAAUUCCCAUAAUUCCUUUGCACAUAGCUUCAGGAGCCAUUUUAGAGAUAACAGGUGUUAGGUGAAGAUCUCUGUGGGGGGACACUAAUUGUGAAUAGAGGAUUUUGUGUCACUUUUCUGCUCUUUCUUGGAUGCCAAUCCGGUUGCUAUGCCCCAAAAUGGGAAUCAUUUUUGGAAUGUUUGUAAAAAGCCAUUACUUCUUUAUUUUCCAGGCACAUAACCUGUUGUUUUUGCCAAAAAGGGAUAAGUUUGAAUCACUUGGAAAAAGCCAUUGCUUCUUUCGAUACAUCUAUGUGCAUAUAAACACCGACAGGCAUCCGUCUUCAAUGCCUGUCAUGUUUUGAACAUUUAAUUUUAAAAAGCUAAAAAAAAAUACGCUAGUGCAGUGAGUCUUUAUUCAACCUUUUAGACACCACCAUGUAACAUCCAUUUACCCAUAGCCAUACAUGUUGCCAUAACUUUAAAAUAAUCUUUGCCUUAAAACAGCUCAGAAGUACAUAGAUACACUCUGAGGGGACCUAACAGUGUUAUACGGGGCUUUUAAGGCCCUUAAACAGUGCAGUACAUGUUGGGACAUAAGUAUGUCAGUCAUAACCAGAAACAAGCAGAUUGGGGUGUCCUGCUACUGUGAAGGUCCUGAUGCAUAACCAAAUUUACUCCUUACCAUUUUAUGUGAAAAAAUUGAACAAUCUUUUAGGCUUCUAUGCAUUCCGUAAGUGAAUCACUCUAAUAUGGACUAAACAAAGACAGUGGGCCAUAUUUAUUGUGUCUACUUCUAAGACAGUACAAACGUCAAUAACUAGUUUUUGUCAGAUUUAUCAAAGAGGCUGAUUGAUAUUAUGGCACAUUUUAAGAUUUUUCAAAUUUGUACUUUUUUUUCUAAGUUAAGAUCAACUAUAUUUUUGUUUUAUUUAGACCAACUCCAACGUGCAGUUUCUGUUCUUUUUGGUGUAAUUUACGUAUUAAUUUACUUCUAAUGUUGCAGCAGCAACUCAUGGCAGUUUCCCUAUUCUUUUAAAUUGUUGUCUCCAGCAUUUUACGCAAUAUAACCAUUAGAAGAGGAAUUUUCUUCUUUAACAGUUCAGUGGAAUUGAAUUGGAGUUAAAGGGUACCUUUCAUCAUAAAAACUUUUGAUAUAUUAUAGAUUAAUGU